AUGGGUGCAGAGACAUCAAAAAUCGGUUGUAAUCAUUAUGUACCGUACAAGGAUAUGGUAAAUAAUUCGAUACAUGAAAUUAAUAAUAUCGUAUAUAUCAACAAAAAACAAUAUAGAAUAGAUGCUUACUUACAAAGUAAUGAUGAAAUUCGACUUAAAUUUACCGAAAACUGCUUCAUGACGAUAAAGUAUGAAGAUAUUUUAAUGUCCAGUUAUACAUGCAUCAACCAUCUUGUUAAUGGGACAAGCAAAUGGCAACUUACUUUGACAAUUUUUCCUGUUAUUAAAAAAAGGCGUCGUCUUCUUAGAAGUUUAUUUACUUUCAAUUGUGAAGAUACGGUGAAGAAUGCAAAUAAAUUCAUUAUCAGAAAAAUUACAGCAUCAAGGGCACCACAUCUAACCACCGGUGUAAUAAGGCUGCGUCGUCAUGUAUUGGUUAUCGUUAAUCCCUUCAGUGGCCAGAAACGUGGAUUGAAAUUAUGGGAAACACAUGUUGAACCAAUUUUACAAAUUGCCAACAUUAAUUAUGACAUUGUUAAAACAGUUCAUCGGAAACAUGCAAUUAAAAUAGCAAGACAUCUCAAACUUGAUAACUACGACGCUGUAGCUGCUAUUAGCGGUGAUGGAUUGAUACUGGAAUUAAUAUCAGGUUUUUUGAUGCGACAGGAUCGCGAGCGAGCACUAAAGAUGCCACUAGCUCAUAUACCCGGUGGUACAAGUAAUGGACUUGCAGCCAGCAUAUGCUUUCAAUGCAAUGAACCAUUCCCACCACGUGGAAUUUUUUGUACCGAAAUGGCUGUGAUGUUGGCUCGGCCACGUUAUCUUCCAUUACGUAUUAAUCAUGUACAAACCGAACAUGAUGGUAAUAAGGCGAUGUUCAUGUCGCUUACUUGGGGUCUUAUUGCUGAUAUUGAUAUCGGAAGUGAACGUUUUCGUUGGGCAGGCAUGGCACGAUUGCAUAUGGAGGCCUUUCUACGGAUUGCAAAAUUACCGCAAGUUGCUCACUACAAGGGCAGGAUUUCAUACUUACCAGUUCAUGAUGAUGCUUUGCAGCGGUCAGCUAAGUUAUGGAAUGAUCUGGAACGUGAGAAGUAUGCCAAACGUCAUUUUGAAUAUCGGCCCGUUGAAAGUUUCAUGGAUUCUGAAUGCGGCGAAGCAAGUGGUAGCAUCAGUAAUAGCUUCCCAAUUUUUAGAAGCGAUGAUCUUAUGCAAGUACCUGCUCUUUGUGAACCGGUCGGAUCUGACUGGGAUAUGCUCGAGGGUUAUUUCGUUUAUGUUUGUUUGACAAGCCUUUCUCAUUUAGGAAGUGAUGUGCCUUAUCUUCCAUGUGCUCGUUUGGACGAUGACUUCAUAUAUUUGACGUACAUCGAUUGGAACAACGUUAAGUCACGGUUUGAAGUUGCCAAAAUGAUGCUUGGAAUAAAUGAUUGCUCACAUUUAACUUAUUCUUUUUUACAGAUAGUUCCAGUUCGAGCUUGCCGUGUAGAGCCAUUGGGCAAUUGUGGUGGCUACAUAGCCAUAGACGGUGAACCGAUAACUUCUGGAUCAGCAUUUCAAGUGAUACCAACCAAACAUUGUGCAACAGUUAUUGGACGAAAUCAACGCGAUAACGCUGUCAAUGAUUGA